AUGAGCGCCUUACGUGCAUCGCGAGCCGCUUUGCGCGCCCGGUCUGCCCUCAAGACACCCAUCCAGCGAAGAGGCUACGCCGAUGCCGUCUCUGACAAGAUCAAGCUCUCCCUCUCACUCCCUCACUCCUCAAUCUACAAGUCACAAGAUGUUGUCCAAGUCAACCUUCCCGCCGAAUCCGGAGAGAUGGGUGUCCUGGCCCAGCACGUCCCUUCCAUCGAACAAUUAAAGCCCGGCCUCGUCGAGAUCAUCGAGGAAGCUGGCGGUAGCAAGCAGUUCUUUCUUUCCGGCGGCUUUGCUGUCGUACAGCCAGAUUCAGUGUUGAGCAUCAAUGCAGUUGAGGGUUUCCCACUUGAAGAGUUCAGCGAAGAGGCGGUCAGAUCACAGAUUGCGGAAGCGCAGAAGGUUGCGAGCGGGAGUGGAAGCGAGCAGGAUAUUGCAGAGGCCAAGAUCGAGCUUGAGGUCUUGGAAUCGCUGCAAGCGGCGAUGAAGUAG